UGAGUCAUAGAUAGUGCCUUGAUGAGGGACCUCGAUUGGCAGCGGUCAAGGUGUCGCGUGCGUCCUCGUAAACUUGGAUUGAAUUCCAAGGAUUGCACCACCCGGAGCUCGAGGAUCCUUCAGUCGAUUCAUCGUAUUGCAACGAGAUACUGUGAGCGGUCUCAGCGGGCGAGGAUGUGUUCGACGCGCGACUGUCAAAGGGGACUUGUCUCAACCUGUUCAGAUCAGCAGUCCACACCUGUCAACAGCUCGGAGACAAUCCUUCGUUAUCAUCGGUUACUUUUGAGGUCCAUUUCGGUGCAUAUUUCGAUUACGCCGCCCUCUCUUUUGGUCUCUCUAGAUGGAACCUGUCGAUCAGUUACUCGCCGACGGGGGGACUUGUACCCCGCCAAGGAGAUAGGCCGACCGACCGACCGACCGACCGAUCCAAGUCCGGGAUUUGGGAAUGUGGGUCUCCGGAUACAUAUUCAUCCACGAUAACACCGUUCACGGAGCCAUGAUCAUGAAGAAAAGGCCCGUUGAAUUCACCGAGUGGCGUGUUCGUGGCCCGGCGUCGACACUCGAGCCCGUCUUCGUCGUCGUCGUCGUCGUCGUGUGAUUUGACGAAUCAACGAUGGGGGAAAGAAAGGCACUGACUGCCUGUACCUCUCGUUCAUACAGG